AUGCCGCCAGCCGGACCUGGGAUCCAAUCCAGCAAGCCAGAAAAGCCCAACGCGUCGCUGGCCAGCAUCAAGGGGCAUGACUACUACAAGGACACGUUCGUUCCUCCUUCAGAAGUUGUGACAGAGAUUGACGCGAGGGAUAAGGGUACCCCGGAUGACUGGGUGCCUCGCCACCCGGAGCUGGUGCGGCUUACCGGGCGGCACCCUUUCAACGUCGAGCCGCCGGUGUGGCGAAUUAAGGACCAUGGCUUCAUCUCGCCAAACGAGCUACACUACGUGCGAAACCAUGGGGCCGUGCCACGCAUCACCGAUGGUGCCUCGCAUAAGGUUCGCGUGGGUGGAGCCGUCGACAAGCCGCUGGAGAUGACCUUGGAGUACAUCAAGGCCACCUUCCAGGAGAUCACCAUCCCCGUCACGCUGGUCUGCGCCGGCAACCGGCGAAAGGAGGAGAACAUGAUCAAGCAGGGACUCGGGUUCUCGUGGGGCCCCGCGGCGGUGUCUAACGCCAUGUGGACGGGCGUGUGGGUGAAGGACAUCCUGGAGCACGUGGGCAUCAAGUCCUUCGAGGAGGGGGGGAAGCACGUCUGCUUCGUCGGGGCGGACAAGCUUCCGAACGGGUACUACGGGACGUCCAUCCGCCGCGAGGUGUGCAUGGACGAAACCGCGGACGUGCUUCUGGCGUACAAGAUGAACGGCAAGGAGCUGUCCCCUGACCACGGCUACCCCAUCCGGCUAAUCGUGCCGGGGUACAUCGGCGGACGCAUGAUCAAAUGGCUCACUGACAUCGAGGUGACCGACCUGGAGAGCGACAACCACUACCACUACUUCGACAACCGAGUGCUUCCGUCGCAGGUUGACGCGGAGAAGGCGGUGGCGGAGGGCUGGUGGUACAAGCCCCCCUACAUCAUCAACGAGCUCAACAUCAACAGCGCCAUCGUAUACCCUCGCCACGACGAAGUGGUCUCUCUCACCUCCCCCGAGACCACCUACACCGUCUCCGGAUACGCGUACGGCGGCGGCGGGAUCGCCCUUACGCGAGUGGAGGUAUCGCUUGAUGACGGCAAGACUUGGGAGCUGGCGGAGUUGUCCACCCCGGAGAAGCCGCGUCACAUGGGGCGGUACUGGUGCUGGGUCUUCUGGGAGUUCAAGGUCGACGUCCUCAGGCUGAUGAAGUGUGAGGAGAUCGUGUGCCGCGCCUGGCAGGGGCAGAACACACAGCCGCAGAACAUCACCUGGAACCUUCUGGGCAUGAUGAACAACUGCUGGUUCCGCUGCAAGGUCCACCCCACCCGGGAUGACAGGGGGGCCCUUGCCCUCACCUUCGAGCACCCCACCAUGCCCGGCCCUCAGCCGGGUGGCUGGAUGGUCAAGGGAGGCGGCGGGGGGGGGGGCGUGGUUGCCAAGGCGCCGCCGCCGAAGACCCCCUCGAACGGGAAGUCUUUCAACCUCAAGGACGUGCAGAAGCACGAUAACGAGGACGACUGCUGGAUCGCCGUGGACGGGAAGGUGUACGAUGUGACCGACUUCCUCGACGACCACCCAGGUGGGGGUGAGUCGAUCACCAUCAGCGCCGGGCAGGACAGCUCCGAGGAGUUCAACGCCCUCCACUCAGACAAGGCGCGGGCCAUGCUCGAGGACUACUACAUCGGAGACCUGGACAGCAGCGUCGCUAAGCCAGAGAAGAUCGUCGAGGAGGAGCAGCUGGUUGCCCUCAACACCCGACAGAAGCUGGCGGUGCCCCUCAUCGAGAAGGAGGUUCUUUCGCACGACUCCCGCCGCUUCCGCUUCGAGCUCCCCACGAAGGACCACAAGCUCGGCCUUCCCAUCGGCAAGCACUUCUUCGUGUCCGGGAAGUGGAACGGGGAGUUCGUCAUGCGGCCGUACACCCCGGUUACCGGGGACGAGGUUUCCGGCUACGUGGACCUCGUCAUCAAGGUGUACACCCCGAACGACAGGUUCCCCAAGGGCGGGAAGAUGUCGCAGAUGCUGGACGCCCUCGACAUCGGCGACACGAUCGACAUCAAGGGUCCCGUGGGGGAGAUCGUGUACCUCGAGCCCGGGCAAUUCCUCAUCAAGGGCAAGCCCAGGAACGCCAACAAGCUCGCCAUGCUCGCGGGGGGGACCGGAAUCACCCCGAUGUACCAAGUCAUCAAGGCGGUGCUCAGCGACCCCGCGGACACGACGUUGUGCAGCCUGAUCUACGCCAACCAGACGGAAGAGGACAUCCUUCUCAGGGACGAGCUGGACGCGUUGGCCAAGGCGAACCCGGACAGGUUCAAGCUGUGGUACACGAUCGACAGGCCCAGCGGCGACUGGAAGUACGACAAGGGCUUCAUCUCGAAGGAAAUGUGCGAGGCGCACCUCCCCGAGGCGUCGCCGGAGACGAUCGCCUUCAUGUGCGGACCGCCGGCCAUGAUCAAGUUCGCCUGCAUCCCAAACCUGGCCAAGAUUGGCUACGGCAAGGACGACUACAUCAGCUUCUAGACUUGUGGAAGCCCUUGGCAAAAACGACGACGCGCGGAAGCAUACUUCACUACGAAAAAAACCGCGUGUUUUUUAGGCGGGGGGGGGGGUUCGCCAGAAGCAAAAACAACUGUCUCGCGUUGUGAAGGAAGCCGUUGGAAGGAGGGGAGAGGGACGAAAAAUGCCUUGGCUUUCUGAAGGAACUUGAGUGAUUUUUGUUGUGUGGCCCAGUGUUUCGCGGGAAGGCUCCAGAAGAAAAGAGGUACGGAAACGGAAGCCCUUCCUGACCUGGAAAAAUGACAAGCCGUAAUGUAUCUUGUACGACUGCAUGCCAUGUCAGACCUACAAGGGUGCUCGUUUUGAUUUUUUUUUUGGGGGGGACGAGUGUUUUGGUGACGCGCCUUUUUAUCGCGCAUGAUGAUGAUUGAGGUUUCAGCUUGCGAUACGCCCCCCCGCGUUGUGAGCCGGCGAUGCCGUCCGCCGUGCUCAACUCGCUUUGGCCAGAUGGUUAGACGGAGGGGUUUGUGGACGGACGGAUGCUUGGUAUUUUGCCGCCCAAGCGAAGCACGCGCAAGCACUUGAGGCACUUUUGCCUGUUUCCCGAAAGCGAGGGGUUGUUCUCGCUGUGAGGAGGAGGACACCCAGGAGUACAUGAAAACCUUAGACGGGUGUUGGCUGGAUCGAUCGUUAACAUGCUCGUGCCCGACA